UUCCAGAGGGCGACAUUGCACCAACCUUCUAACCUUCUAAGCUGCUUUUCCCUCAUUCUUAACGCGCCAGAUGCUAACCCUAUAACUCCAGUUUCUUUCGGAAUCAUACUCGGAUUCCUCUCACUCUCAUCCUCGAGCACGAACGAAGCUUCCACUUUUUUUUUUUUCAUCCGUGUUCUCCACGAUUUCAUCAGGAUUUCUACGGUAACUAUAAAAUUGCAUUAAUUUGUUAUUUGAGAAGACCUUAACGGUCUACUACUUGAUCGAGCAUGGGUGGAUUUUGCUGCUGUCCAUGUGAAGAAGACGAAGGAUACAUUCUUCCAAGCAAUCCUAUUUAUAGGCACUGCAUGUGUUUGAGAUACUUUCUACACCAGCUCUUCAGUGGGCACGUUCCAACUUUUCAAAGACUCGAGGGGCAUACUUCUGCCUCCGCCGUCGCUGUUGCCACACCCCUGACUUCGACAACAGCUACUUUCUCUCCAGCCAAUGAUUCUUUAUCCGAUACCUACCACCUCGUCCCUCGACCUCUUCCAUUCAAUAGCAAUGACAUGAUAUAUUCUCGUUCACAACAUGAUGGUUUGAUCUCAAGGCGUGAAAAGAUAACGGGUCACGUAACUGAUCAUAGACGAGUUCGAAGCGGCAGUGACUCAGAUGUGGAGUUGGGUAGUGGUAAGAAGCUUGAGAAUUUGAAUAUUGAAGACGAAUCUGAUAGAGAAAAAGAUUUGUCUGCCAAAACAUAUUCUACAGGAUAUGUGCAAGGAAGUUUAGAAGAUGAGGAUGUUUGCCCCAUAUGUCUUGAUGAAUACAAUCCAGAAAACCCAAAGAUUGACACAAAAUGCUCUCAUUAUUAUCAUCUGAGCUGUAUGUAUGAGUGGAUGGAAAGAAGCGACAGUUGUCCAAUUUGCGGGAAGGAGAUGGAGUUCUGUGAGAGUACUUGAUAAAGGUUUUUCUAGCAGAAAUCUCCAUGAAGGAAAUAAAAUCUGUAAAUAACACUAUCGGAGUUGCAGUGUUGAAGGUUCUUAUUUACGGUAUGGAGCAAUUUCAUGAGCUGUAAGUUUUGCUUUCCACUCUAAAUUAUCUCUACCUGAUGAGUGCAAUGUUGAAAGUCCCUUCUGGUGUCUUAAAGUGCCGUUUUUCCACUUUUGUCCCUUUUUUUAUAUAAAUUUAUUUGCUGCACCAUUUUGAAAUUUUAUUUUUAUUUGUAUGCAAUUUUACGGUUCUUUCCAGCCGACUUCAAAGAUUUACAUGCAUGCCACACAAUUCUCAUGUAUUUACAUACCU